AUGUCUCGAAACCCACAAAGGGGUCUUCUCCAGGGUCCUUUGGGAGUUUUCAUGCCCCCUGAAGCCGAGGUCCCAAUCACCAUGGUCUACAGUCGGUCGCAAGCUGAUAUCCACGUUUUCGUCCCCGAAACUGCAUCAAUGACACUCGUGAAUCGUGUUGCAGACAAUUUGAGCCGCCGUGUCCAACAACCUGUGAAGGUGUUUCACGAUGAGGCCCGAAAGAAGUAUCGACUUUGCCCAGUUCCAAAGGACAUUUUUGCCAACACCUCAACUUACGGGAGAUACUGUUUCACUCGUGAUCGAUCUACUCCAGUGACGGUUUCUGAAGAAGACCCGACUGUUGGUGAGGGUGGGCAACGGAUUCCGCGUCCCAGAAACAGUUGGAUGCUAUACCGCCAAGCCAAGUCACAACAAAUCAUCGCCGAGCACGAAGGACUCACAGCGGGAGAGCUCUCCAGGAUUAUUUCUACUAUGUGGAACCGUGAGACUCCCGAGACUCAGGCUUACUGGCAUCGACUGGCCGAUCAGGAAGGCGCCGAUCACAAACGGCUUUAUCCUGGAUACAAGUACUCUACAAACGGAGGACGUAGCAGCCAACAGCCUUGA